AGUUUGUGUGAAGGACAGAUCGAGAAGACGAAGUACUCCCAGGACUGACAAGAUCGAGUGACCAGGUUAGCAGUUAUAGAAACAUCACCUGUGUGGUUGCUUGCGUCCUGCCAGCCAUCUUUGUUAUUUUGAAUUAGAUAUUCUGCUUUAACAUCGGAAUAGUUGAAUACAAUAUAAAAUGGCGUCAGACCAGCAGCCGAUCAAGCAGUCAGAUGUUGCACUAGCCGUCCCCGAGGGGCUUGCAAUGGAGGACCGAGAUCCAGAUGAUAUCAACAGUCAUGUGAAGGUGUUCUGGCAUGAAAUCUUCGCCGAGCCCGACGGCAUCCAUAGUCAGGAUGGCACUUGGAUCAAGAGUUACAACACGUACAACUGGAGUAAGGAUUGUUGCUACACCUGCUGCAGCACCGUUUGCAGUAUCCCUGCCGCUUUCUGCUGGGGUGUUUACUUCGCUAUCCUCUCUUUCUGCCAUAUUUGGUGUGUCGUUCCAUGUAUCAAGGCUUACAUGAUCAAGCUUGUCUGUGCGACCAAGAGCUACGCAAUCUGCGUCAAGGCCUUCUGUGAUCCGUGCUAUGAGAGCGUCGCUCUUAUGUUCUCUCGUAUCAAGGUCAUAUUUGCUCCUACCACACCAGAAGUUGCGCAAGAGAUCACUUACACCUAAGAUACUUCUUCCACUGUCAUAGAUUCAUCACAGGUCCACCACAAGUGCUAAGCUAUAAAAGCAGUUUUAAAAGUGUUUCAGUAUUUGUGUACUAGAGUGAAAAGUUUUCAAUAAUUUCCUGAAGCACUUUAACUUGCGCGUUUAUGGCAGUGGAAAUAUAAUUUCUAAAGUUAGACUUUGAAACGACGAUCUUAAACCGGGUCCGAGUCUUUUGCAAGAAAUUGGACAUAAAGGUUGUCAAGUCAACUUUGUUUCUUCAAGUCUCUUUUAACGAAUAUUUCAUGAAUAGAUAUUUAAUUUCGCAUUUGUGUUUAUCAAUUUCUUACGUAAAAUAGUAGGUAAUUCGGGAAAUUUUAAUCCCCUCCGAAUUCAUGGCAUAUUCCAUGUUACAGCAUUGAAGUACAUGUGUCUGUGUUAUAGCUUUUUUAUGACUUUUUAAAUCCAAAAUAUGGGGUGUCUGUUUGGUUAUAAUCACCAAACUAUACCUAAAGUCGAUAUUUAUCUUUUUUAUAUUUAUCUUUUUUAAACAAUUAUUUCAAUACUAUUUUCCGUAUAUUACAUAUACACCAUUUUGUGCAACUAAUGUGUAGUAUAGGAGUCUUAAUAUAUUUAACAGAUAUAAGUGUACAUUCCAUUAUACAUAUUAAUGAUACAUGCAUUAAAACAGGGUAAUUUUAUCAAUUA